AUGGCAAACCCCCGACUCAGCGGCAAGACAAUCGUCAUAACCGGCGCCUCUUCUGGAAUCGGUCGUUCAACGGCCUUGGAAUUUGCAAGAUCAUCCCCGAAUAACCUGAAGCUGGUUCUGGUUGCUCGGCGCCUGGAUCGACUGAACACACUUGCGGCCGAUAUAGCAAAAGAGGUUGGCAGCGCAGUGAAGGUAUGCACAGUUGCUUUGGAUGUUAGCAAGGAAUCCGAAGCCUGCAAGUUCAUUGAGCGCGUACCGGAGGAGUUCCGCGACAUUGACGUGCUGGUGAAUAAUGCCGGACUUGCAAAGGGUGUAGCCAAGGCCCCGAAUAUCCCACUUGAAGACGUGGACGUCAUGCUGUCAACGAACUUCACCGGGCUUGUCAACAUAACCCAGGCCGUGCUUCCCGUAUUCAUGAAACGUGGUCCAAGUGGACGAGGCGAUAUCAUCAAUAUCGGAAGCAUUGCGGGGAGGGAGUCCUAUCCAACGGGAAGCAUAUACUGCGCCAGCAAAGCAGCAUGUAGAGCCUUCACGGACGCAAUGCGGCGUGAAUUAAUCUCAACAAGAAUCAGAGUGAUCGAGAUCGACCCGGGCCAGGUUGAGACCGAGUUUUCGAUUGUGCGAUUUGGUGGGGAUGCUGAGAAGGCUGCUGGGGUUUAUGCUGGCUGCGAACCGCUUACACCGGAUGACGUUGCCGAACUCGUCGUUUUUGCAGCUGGACGACGGGAGAACGUGGUCAUUGCAGAUUUGUUGGUGUACCCCAACCAUCAGGGAGGAGCGACCGCAUUGCACCGCACACUGUAG